GCCAACUUCUUGUGCUUCAACGUUCAGUCUUAGUGCUGUCUCGUCGUGUUUUUCUUCCUCUUUUUGUAAUUUCUUCAUGACUUGUUUUCGGCUCCAUGUUCAAGUUCUCGGCCGUCACGGACCGUGGUAGUCGCGCACGCGUUCCGCAGCGCGCAGGCACACGCGCGCGGGUGUAGCCCCUUGCCUGGUUUGCACUGGCAGGGGUCAUUUCAGGUUAGAGCCUGGCGCUGUGUCCCGUUAAGCUUGGCCCACGGAGAGCAACACUGGAUCCAGCUGAGGUGGAAUGCACGGCCAGUAGGACACCGAUUCGUUUCUGGAUACAAGCUUCGUGGUGCAUAUGCGGUGUACCUCUCGGGGAGCUCAGCUGCUCCUCAGCUCAGCUCACACUCAGCCUUCAGCCCUUCCUCUGGUUCCCAGAUGUCUGAGGAGGCUCUGAGGAUGUCAUCCUGGCCUUGAAGCCCACCAGUAUGUCAGAGCCUGCAGAGAAAUGCUCCCCCCGCUGGAAGGAUGAGGCUGUUCAAAACGGUUACAUACCGAGCUACCUGGACAAGGAUGAGCUGUGUGUAGUGUGCGGGGACAAAGCCACAGGCUACCACUACCGCUGCAUCACAUGCGAAGGCUGCAAGGGGUUCUUCAGGAGAACCAUUCAGAAGAACCUGAACCCAACCUACGCCUGCAAGUACGAGGGGAAGUGUGUCAUCGACAAGGUGACGAGGAACCAGUGCCAAGAAUGUCGCUUCAAGAAGUGCAUAGCGGUAGGAAUGGCAACAGACUUGGUUCUGGACGACAGCAAGAGGCUGGCCAAGCGGAAGCUGAUCGAGGAGAACCGGGAGCGCCGGCGGAAGGAGGAGCUGCAGAAGACGGCGUGGGACCGACUGGAGCCCACCCAGGAGGAGUGGGAGCUCAUCCGCCUGGUGACGGAGGCCCACAUGUCCACCAACGCUCAGGGCAGCCACUGGAAGCAGAAGAGGAAAUUCCUGGUCGAGGAAGCAAUGCUUCUUAAUGAAAUAACAUGUAAUUUAUUCUAUACUUCUGACCAGAGUGCAGCAGGGGUGAAGGACACUAAGCCAGAGGAUUGUGGUCAAGCCUCCAUGGUCAAUGCAGCGGAGGAAAACAAAGUGGAUAUUGAAGCCUUCAGUCAGUUUACAAAAAUUAUCACCCCUGCCAUAACCCGAGUGGUGGACUUUGCCAAAAAACUGCCAAUGUUCUGUGAGCUGCCUUGUGAAGACCAGAUCAUCCUGCUGAAAGGUUGCUGCAUGGAGAUCAUGUCGCUGCGAGCGGCCGUACGCUACGACCCGGACAGCGAAACCCUCACGCUCAACGGGGAAAUGGCAGUGACUCGAGGUCAGCUGAAAAACGGAGGACUGGGCGUGGUGUCGGAUGCCAUCUUUGAUCUGGGCGUGUCGUUGGCCUCCUUCAACCUGGACGACUCUGAGGUGGCUCUCCUGCAGGCUGUAAUCCUUCUGUCAUCCGAUCGUCCAGGCCUGACCAGCGUGGAGCGAAUCGAGCGCUGCCAAGAAGAGUUCCUGCUGGCCUUCGAACAUUACAUCAACUACCGCAAGCACAAGGUGGCGCACUUCUGGCCCAAGCUGCUGAUGAAGGUGACGGACCUUCGCAUGAUCGGCGCCUGCCACGCCAGCCGCUUCCUCCACAUGAAAGUGGAGUGUCCCACCGAGCUGUUCCCUCCGCUCUUCCUGGAGGUCUUCGAGGACUGACCAACGGACGGCAGUGUAUGAGUGUGUAUGGACUGUGUGUACAUGCGUUGUCCAAAGCCUGGGCGCCCUGGUGGUCUCGGGGGCGGUACCAGCCGGAGGCCCGUCUCCCCGAACUCUCUGAUAGCACUACUGAGUGUCACUUCAUUCCAUAGUUUAGGACUAGCUCCCUGGUCUAGUUUUGGAUGAAACCAUUCCUCACAUUGCGGGUACAUGUGAAUAGCCUUUAUUUCUUUUCCUGGUUUGUCGUUAUUUUUGUGCAUAUAACCUCUCACCUCCAAUUUGACUCUAGUUUUUUUUUUCUUUUUUGACAAUUGUACAGUUGGCAUAUUGGUGAUUUUCUUAACAGCUGUUUGAACGUUAGAAACUAUGGAGAUAUUGUUUUUUUUUUCUUUCAUGUUCUACAGAAACUCAGUGAAAGUUGACCUGAUGCAGAGAAUCAGAGCAGCUCUGAUGAUUCUCCAUUUGGUUUCUGGUUCGUUCACUUUGUCCUGAGGAAUCCUACUGUCUCCUGACUCACUCCGUAAACCAGCUGCUCAUAUCAAAUAAAGCUGCGUUCAGAAGCUCUCGGAAAAAUCUGAACUUUGGAAGCAGGCAGCCGCUGCGAAUGAGCUGCACAACCCCCACUGUUCUGCUGCACACUGCUAGGCAGCUGGCUGAAAGAAGUCUGCUGCACUUUUCUCACUCUUACUAGAAAAACAGACGAAACACAAUAAAGUAGCUGGUAAACAUGCAAGACGUCUGUCAGUCAGCUGCUGCUGUUAUUCUAUAGUAAACAGAACCAAAUGUUCUGUUCUGCACAAUUAGCAACUCGUACAUUUCGUCUAGUUCUUAUUUAAAGUCGCAGUCUAAAUAAAAACAAACAACAUCGUUGUAAUAUACCAGAUUACUUUUGCAGCAGUAGGAAAUAUUUUUGCUACAAUGUUUUAAAUGAAAAUUGUUUUUUGUUCGUCUUAAUAGCCUGAAAUGUUUCUCUGGAAUAUCACACUUAUCCUCAGAUGAGGCUCCAUGCAGUGAGAAAAGCUGAACAAUGUGCAACGUCAUUUAGACCAGAAUGUAUAAAGCAUGAUUUGUUUUUUUCAAUUUGGCUAGAUUUUUGCAGAACUAUAUUUUUGUAACACAGAAAUACUCUAACUAGACGCUUAAAACACUUUGUGACAAUCUAUAACAGCUGGGGAAACGAAUCAAACUAAGGUGCUAGCUCUCUAUUUCAGGGAAGAUACUGAGUACUCAACUUCUUAGCAGAUCCCCACAGCAAAAAAUGCAAAAUUAGAAUUUUUUAAUUUUGUUGCAAAAAUUAGAAUCCCCCCUGAAGUCAGACUAAACUGAAACAAGCUGAUCAAAUGGGAGAUUCAGACUGAGCCGACAGCUGAGGGAACGCUGCUGUGUUAAACUGCUCCUCAGCCCCACAGGCUGGUCAGGAAUAACAAACACGACCUCACUGCUGGCCAGAACCACAAUCACUGCUCAUCAUAGGGAAUCUGAUUUUGUGCCAAAAUAAAGUGCGUGACCCCUAACCCUUCCCCCUCCCUCCCCUCACACAUUGAAAUAAUUUCUUAGAUGUUAAGAUGGUGAAUAUGAUCAUAUUUAAUAUCUUGUAAAACGUGACGGGGACAGAGAGUGAGUCAUGUUUCAGUGAAGAUCUCAGCCAUGGUGAUCGGGGCUCUCAUCCAAUCAUGUCAGUAUUGUCUCCUCUUCGUUUCCAGCUCUCUGUAAUCACAACACUGUAAGCUGAAGCAGUGAUGUCAUGGUGCUAUGAUGGUGAAAUGAACUGAGUUCUUAUUUUACAUUUCUGAAUCGCAGCUCGGCAUGCAGUGACACACAUGUACACUAUAACACAAACAUAAUGUCAUAUACAGGACUCCUGACACCUCCACCAAUCAGCCAUAACAUUAUGACUGUGUCAGCGCGCCGUUCCUCCCAAACCAGCUGCGCCCCGUUAACGGGGUCAGUGGCUCAUCGUUUCGCUCUAGAUGAUCUCUGACAUCAUCAGAUGUUCAGUUGGACUGAAACCGGGCCAGUACCUCUAAGAAGGAAAGGAAAACACUGCAAAAACACAAAAUCUUACCAAGUAGUUUUGUCUUGUUUUCAGUGCAAAUAUCUCCACAGCACACUUGAAGUAAGACAAAACUAACUUAAAAGUAACUUCUUAGCCAGAUAAAGGAGUUUCUCAUGUAUAGAUUUAAAAAGUUAUAGUUCCACUGGCAGAUUUUCUUCACAACUAAGCAAUGUUUGUUUAUUUGGAUCCCUACAGCCAUCGCCAUAACGAUAGCUACUCUUCCUGUGGUCCACAAUGAAUCAAUCAAUCGCAUGAAAAAUUUAAAUGAGCUUGAUCAUUUCCAUAUUUUUGGAAGGCCAGUUUUGUUUAUAGGCACAAAAUAAUCCAUUUUUCUCCUGGUCCGACUGUCUGUGGUUUCCAUUUCUGUUUUAUUUAUUGUUUUUGGUUGGUGUGUCUUAUUUUACAUAUUUCAAAUAUCUUCCAGUUCCAGUAUUAAGUGUUCUUUACUAAAUUAAAGUUUAUUGGUCUUUAGUGUUGUUAUGCCAUUAUCAAUACAUGACUUAAAAAUGGUCUCAUAAAACCAGUUGUAUCAUUUAUCAUAAUAAUUUCUGGGACAAUUUAUCAGUUAGCAAAAUGUGUUAUCGUGAUAAAGACUUUAUGUCUCCAGACCAACUGCCCUCAUAGCGCCACCUGAGACAUUUUCCUGAUUUAAGUGAAAAAAUCCACUUGUGGAACUUACACUUUAGCAAUUAAUGACUCAAAACAAGCAGCUAUGACUUGCAGAAAAGUCACUUGAAUGUUAUUUUUGUCUAAUUCUAAGUGUGUCAAGAUAUCAGUACUGGAAUCUAAAGCAAAUACUUGGUGUUAUUUUGUGUUUUUUCAGUGUUGGUCAGUUUAUUAUUACUAUUAUUAUUAUUAUGAAGGUCUGGACUCAACCAUGACAGUUAGAGGUACAUGUGGAGGUUUCAGGUUCUGGUCCAGUUUAGCAGCACUCAGACCCAGCCGUCCAUGUAAUGUAAAACCAGAUCUAGUUCAUGGGCUUCUCCCAUUCUGCUGACAAACAUGGAGGAACAUGAAUGACUGAGCUGAGUGGUCUGAGCGCCGUCAGACGGCGCCGGGCCCAGCGAACAGCACCGCACAAAGUCCUGACACCUUUCCACCUGAAUCAGCACUUUGAGCUACAGCUGAGGAACCAGGCUGGGUUUCUGCUAACGAAGAGAUGAAAAAGGCAAAGGAGGGCGACUUUAUGUGGUCUAACGUUUAAAUUAUGAAUCUCUGUGGUGAUUGAGGAAGCAAAUCCUUAAAUAUGCAGUAAUAUGUUAGGGUUUAAAAUUGUCUACCUUAUGAGUCAGAAACAACCACAGUCCUAUCAGGAUUCCCUUAUGAGACACCUGGAAAUGUCAGAAGCGUCCUCAUGCUUUGGGGUCUUCACACGUUAGCCAGGGGUCUCACAAAUACUUCUGACUCGAUGGAAAAAAAUCUAAAAGCAAAUUAAAUAGGCCGAUUGUAUUUCCUAUAGGAUAGGAAUGGUGUUGAAUUUGCUGUAUUAUUAAUAAUACAGCAAAAUUACUGACAAAAUACGUCUAGUUUUCACAUUGUUAGGGGCUUGAUUGAACAAAUUUAUUCUCAGAAUAAAAACGCGUUUUGCGUCGCUUUCUUUCAAAAUGUUCAGCUGAGUUUAAUCAAUUUUGCAUAAUCAGUUUGGGUGCAGCAAAGUUUUCAGUAAAAGUCUCUGGAUAAACAUGACAAGGUGGGACUGAACAGGACGUCAGUGGUUCACUCCCACUAGUCAGUGGUCAUAAUGUUAUGGCUGAUUGAAUGACUUGCUCAGAAAACGCAGGUCAGAGUCGCCUCUGCCAGCUGGUGGGACCUGAAGGCUGAAUGAAUGUUAACUUGUCCAAAACAAACCUGAUAUCAUCAGCUGGUCGUCAUCCACUAAAGAGGCUGGUGAGAUUGUGAAAAAAAAAAAAAAAGAACCGUCUCACUUUCAUGUCAUUGUUUUAAUCAGCAUGUUGUGUUUUUGUUGAUGUUCAGAGAUUAUCAGGUUUUUAUUCCGGUGGAAAGAGUUUCAUUCGUCUGUCUGGCUUUCACUAAGCUUCCCUCUCUACCUGAAAACAGCUUGUGGUUUUAUUAUGUACUUUUUCUCUCAUUUCUGUGAAGUGAUGCCUUUUUAUCAAAGCAAUAGACUUGCUACAGUGUUAGAAAGACCUGGACCUCACACCAACACACACACACACACACACCUCGCGAACUGUACAGGUUGAAACAAAAUGCACAGACAAUCAGACGGAGGAGGACGCAACGGUGCCCAAACUCAGGUAGCCCAACCUGAAAUGCAGGGUCAGGCCUUUUGGGGAAGCAGCACUGACCACCUUUAUGUGCACACGGCACAUAAUGACUUUGUAGGUAGAGGCUCCAUCUGUGGUCUGACCUCUUGUUACAAACAGAUUCUAUGUCAUGUGGCCCUCUUCAACCAAAAACGUCCAGGAAGUAAACUCAGGGAACUAAACAAGGCCCCAGGCCUCCCCUCACUUUUAUUAUUUCUGAUCCCUUUACAAUAUUUAUUUAUUAAAUAAUAAAAGUUCACUAAAGAAAGACAGACAACUCUUAACAUGUUCUACUGAUGCAUUGCCAGAUCCAAAGUGGAUUCAAAAUUGUCUUAUGAAAGAGAAUAUGCAUGAUUUCAGAAAAAAUACAUAUUAUACUGUCUGGUUAUGAUGCAAAACCAAUGGAUGUAGCAUUUGGUGCUAAAUGCUAUUAGCAAUACAAGUCCAUAAUAUAUGUCCCUUCAUUUUAAGUGUUCAAACACAAAAGGAACAUGUUUUAAAAAUGUAUAUUCUACAAAUAAAAAUAUCUAACACUAAACCAUAAGAAGAGCUGGUAAUUAGCCGUAGUUUUCACUACGUCUGUUUGUAUCCAAUAUGGCCGGUGAGCGGCCAUAUUGGAGACAAAACUCUGGUCUGUCCGGUGAGCUUUGUCUUUCCCGGUUUGAAUUGUGACGAUGGAGGCAGAAGGGAAGGGUGUAUAAAUGAGUAACCAUAGAAACCAGGAGUUUGUGAUUUUUCAAGUUACAAAAGAUUAUGAGACUCAUGAAGCACUUUGAAACUUCUUGGGAAGUUAGCUGUUAGCUUCUUCUGUGUCUUCCAGUCUGGUCUUAUCUAGUUAUUGUAUCAAUCUAAUGGGAACAAAAGACACUUUUUAUCAAUCAACAUCAAUUAAUAUAUAAAUAAAUCAGAGAUCUGGUCUUCGUCAUGUUAACACGUUAAAAGUCCAGAUGUCAGGUGGACACUAAUAUCACUGUAAUGCAUAAACAUUGUGUUUAAAAAAGUUUCUUCCUGUGUGUAAGCAAAUGAGCAGCAGCCAUGAUGCUAUGAUAUAAUGCUAAUUUAGCUGUGAAAAAACAAAAAUGCCUUCAGUUCUCAAUAUUCCAUCCAUCAACAGUAAGGUUUAACGUGUCGGUGUUACCUCACUUCACCAAAUAUGUUGAGAGCAACGAAAGGCUGCUGGUACAGUCCUGACUAAACACUCUAAGGAUGUGUGUAGUUAGUUCGCUCUUUCCCAGCCAUUCUUCUGAGGUCAAACUCAGUGUGGUUGAAGUUCUCUCUCUUUUUUUAGCCUUUUUUAAAACGUCUAUUGAGAAUGGUCAAAGGGUCCAUAAACAACAAAAUAGUUCAACUGAUCUCCAAAUAUCACACUCCUGCUCUGCUGUUUUGUCCCUGUCAGGAGGACGGAAGCAGCUGAAAGUCCAGCUUUCAGUUUCCAAAUGAAUCUCUAGGAAAACUUCAUGUUGCGUUUGUGACAGCAGAACUCCAGAUGAACAAACCAAAACUGAUGAUUUCCUUAAACGCAAACUCAGUUCUGGUUUUAGACCCAGAGCCCGUUUUUAUUUUCAACAUGUUCUCAUUGUCGGUGCAAAUAAAUGUCGUCAGUGCUGACGGAACCGGUGCCUGUUCACUGUUCUCUCUCCCCACUUGUUCUUCUCAAGGUUACUCAGUCACAAACCAAUCAAAAGACUUGCACCAUAGAAAAGGUUUGUUUUUUUUUUUUACAGUAGAGUUGAAAUAGGAUGUAUAUUUUCAGAAUGCAGAUUUUUUUUUAACGUUGGCAUAAGAUGCACAUGGUAUUGUUUUUGCAUAGUAUUAACAAAGUGAUUGCUCUCCUGCUGGCCCAACAUCAUGGCAGAGGAACUGAGCAAAGCAGCUAAAAUCAUAAAAUGUUAGAGCAGCAUUAGUUGUUCGGUAAAAUCCAUAUCACAGGACUGUAGCUGGACUUCACUGUCAGUACAAAAUGCAGCAGCUACACUUGCACACAAGCGUAGAAAAACCUCUGGAUGCUGGUGUAGCCACUGUCAGCCCAGACGUCCCUCCUUUGUACAUUGAGUGUUGUUCCUUGUAUGACGCGUUCUACACUGACUGGAAGAGAAAGGCAGUGAUGGUGCGAAUGAAUUGGUUUUACUGGAACCGUCCUCUGGUAAUCAGCUCCCCAGUGGUUGUACAUGAACACAGAGGACCUGGGGAAGGUUUUGAAAUGCACACAAUGGAUGAUGGUUGCAAGUAAUGUGAGAAUAAACAUGGUUUUAAGAG